AUGGAUAUUCCUACUACUCCAACUGAUAAUAAUGGGUUACCCAGUUCAGAAACCCAGACAAACAGGCGCAGGAGAAAGAAGUCUAUUGUUUGGGAGUACUUCACAAUUGAAACUGUUGGGGCUGGAAGUACUAAGGCUUUCUGUAAGCAGUGCAAGAGAUCUUUUGCUUACAUUACUGGUUCAAAGCUCGCAGGCACAAGCCACCUAAAACGACAUAUUGCCUUGGGAAUCUGCCCAGUAAGUCGUCAGAAAAAUCAGAUGACUUCUUUUACACCAGGCUCUAAUACUGCUGCUACUGAUCCACCAAAACGACGAUCCAGAGCAAAUUCUGGAUAUGCGAGAGUCUCUUUUGAUCAGGACCGUUGCAAUCAUGACAUUGCUAAGAUGAUAAUUAUGCAUGGGUAUCCACUUCACAUUGCUGAACAACUAGGAUUCGUCAAUUUUGUUCAAACACUUCAACCACAGUUCAAUUUGGUAAGCUGGAACACUGUUCAAAAUGAAUGCGCGGGUAUUUACCUUAGAGAAAAACAAAACCUUUUGAAUCUUAUCAGUGGAAUUCCAGGGAAGGUCAGCCUUACAGUGGAUUUGUGGACUUCAAAUCAGAACCUGGGCUAUGUAUUCUUAACAGGACACUUCAUUGAUGAUCACUGGAAUUUAUAUCGUCAGAUUCUUAAUGUUGUUAUGGUACCAUCUCCAGAUUCAGGUGACACUUUUAGUCAAGCUAUUUUGACCUGCUUAUCCGAUUGGCAUCUGGAGGGCAGGUUGUUUACCCUCACACUUGACCAAUCCCUCUCUAAUGAAACCAUAAUUGGAAAUCUUAAAGGACUUCUUUCUGUCAAGAACCCACACAUGCUCAACAGUCAGUUAUUGCUACGAAAUUGCUAUGCUCGCGUUUUGAGUAGUCUUGCAUGUGAUGUACUGGUGGCAAUGCGCGAAACAAUUGCGAAAGUUCGUGAAAGCGUCAAGUUUGUGAAAACUUCAGAAUCCCAUGAAGAAAAGUUUGUUCAGCUGAAGCAACAACUUCAAGUUCCUAGCACAAAGAACCUUUCAGUCGAUGACCUAACUAAAUGGGACACAACUUAUCAUAUGUUGGUGGCAGCUUGUGAAUUGAGGGAAGUAUUUGCUUGCUUGGAUACAUAUGAUCCUGAUUACAACAUAAAUAUAUUGUUGGAGGAAUGGAAGCAGGUAGAGACUCUAUGCACAUACUUAAAGCUUUUGUUCGAUGCAGCCAACAUUGUAACUGCCCCAGUGUACCCUUCAGCCAAUGUAUUCUUUCAGGAAGUAUCAAGAAUUCAAAUGGAACUGAUGCAUGCAGCCAUGAGUGUGGAUCCCUUUGUCAGCUACCUGAUGAGACCUCUGUAUGAAAAAUUUGACAAAUAUUGGGAAAACUGCUGCCUUGUUUUAGCAGUUGCUGUUAUUAUGGAUCCGAGGUACAAAAUGAAAAUUGUAGAGCUCGAGUUCAACAGAAUCUAUGGUGAGAAUGCCGAGACAUGGAUUAGGAUUAUUGAUGAUGGCAUUCAUGAACUGUUCCUUGAUUACAUGAUGCAAAUGCUUACUCUACCUGAAACACCAAUGGAUGAAGGGAAUGACAGCAUCAUCAAAACAGAGGCACCUGAAGAAGCAUCUCAGGAGGGGUCUCUGCUGUCUUCUGUGGAUGGGCUCCAAGAUUUUGAAUUGUACAUAUCUGAUAUCACAGGUGGCCCGCAAAUGAAGUCAGAACUAGAUCAGUAUCUGGAAGAGGCCUUUACGGAUCGAGUGGAAGACUUCGAUGUUCUGGUUUGGUGGAGACUGAACAGAAUGAAGUACCCAACUCUCUCUAGGAUGGCUUCUGAUAUUUUGUCGAUAUCGGUGUCUACCGUUGCCUCUGACUCUGUGUUUGACACUGAAAUAAAAAGAAUGGAUAGUUAUCGGACUUCAUUGGGUCCAGCAACUCUUGAGGCCCUUAUCUGCGCCAAAGAUUGGCUUAAAUAUGGAUCAUUCCCACAACCUCCAGCACUUUAA